AUGUAUAUUAUCUUCAAUCCUAAAUCAGCUAAACUCCCUUCAAGCUCUCACGCUCGGGGUACCUCUCUCUCCCUUGCGCACGCCACCCUAGAACCGGCACAUGCCAUACUCCCUUCUUCUAUCCAAGCGGCGAUCGCCAUUGGCUCACCUGCCGACCUCCACCUGUUCCCCGCAGACUGCCACCAGCUUCUAGUCGUCCGCCACCUGCUCCUUAGGUCAAUUUCCAGUCUGCUUCCUCCAUCAAUCUCUAAGCGUUUCCAAUCCUUUUUCUACCUCUGGUUCGUAUUUCAAGCUUCUGAUUCGGUAAAUCUUCUGGAAUUUCUCGAGCUUAUUUUAUAUUUUCUUGAGUAG